UCGCGACAACUGAAUCCUCGCAGUCAUCAAUGAACGACAGCAGCCCUAGAGGUCAUUGUACACACGCUGCCUUCUAAAAAAGUGCGCGGUACUGAUGUUCUAAACCAAGCUCCAACGCCAUGGCGGUGUGGUCAAGCUUGGCACCAAUACUAAUAUUAAAAGGCUGCACUACGUCAUCGAUCCUCAGUGGAUGACGUCCGACUGACUGGGCGUUUAAGCUGUGCAAACUAAAACUUACUAGCAAACAAUGUUCUGCAUGUCAGGUUCACCAAAGUAUCCCGAAUAUCCCUCCCAUGCCUCCGACGCCGACCACAAUGUCGAUCAGCGUCGGGGGUCCGCGCAGCCCUACGCGAAAAUGAGCAGCAUCUCAGCGCCCAACGAGCUCGUGCCAAAUGUCGUGCUAGCGGUGACGACGGAGGCCACAACGACCAGCCGCGGCCCACAGGCGACCCUGGGGCGCCAGCGUCGCCGCUCUCAGGCCUUCAUCAGCGCAGGCCUGGUGCAGGGGACCGGUCAAUUUGGAGCAGAGGAAAGAGUGUCCAUAUGCCAGCCAGGGUGUUUCGCUUGAGGGGUCCUUUUGCAAUUUACGGCCCUGACACCGUAAACACAC